AUGAGCAUUAAACCGAGAGAAAAAGAAUCUAGAACGAGUUCUGCGGCGGGAAACAAUAAAAGAAUUGAGGGAUUAAAAAAUAAGAAAAAUUCUAAUUUUUUUACAAAGGCCACUGCUGUCAGUCAUUUGGAAGAAAUUAGUGAGAAAGGGAUAGAUGCACUUGCUAAAUCUGGAACUGUUGCUGUGCUCCUUCCAUCUACUGCCUAUGUCCUCAAACUAAAAAAUCCUCCAGUAAGAAAAAUGAUUAAAUCUGGUGUUUGUGUAGCUCUUGGAUCAGAUUUCAAUCCCAAUGCUUAUUGCUAUUCAAUGCCUACAAUAAUGAAUUUGGCUUGUGUUAACUUUGGAAUGUCUAUGCCGGAGGCAUUGGUGGCAGCAACUUUACAUGCAGCACACAGCUUGGGACGUGGAAAAACACAUGGUGCAAUUUCGGAGGGUCGAGUAGCUGAUUUAAUUGUUUUGAACACAAAUAAAUGGGAACACAUAAUUUACCGAUUGUCGGCACAUCAAUCAGUUAUAGAAAAAGUAAUUAAAUUCGGAAAAGUAGUUUAUAGUAAAACAUAA